AGGAACCAGGCGGGGAGGGCGGGGCUGGCCGCGGCCGCGACAACCUAAUGCCGGAAAAGGCGGGUCGCACCUGCCUGCCUGACCCCACGUCGGCACCGGUCUCGAGAUGCAGGCGGCUCUGGAGGUCACUGCUCGCUACUGCGGCCGGGAACUGGAGCAGUAUGGCCAGUGUGUGGCAGCCAAGCCUGAGUCAUGGCAGCGGGACUGUCACCACCUUAAGAUGAGCAUUGCUAGAUGCACAUCCUCCCACCCAAUCAUCCGCCAAAUCCGCCAGGCCUGUGCUGAGCCUUUUGAGUCCUUCGAGCAGUGUCUUCGACAGAAUGAGGCAGCCGUGGGCAACUGUGCGGAGCACGUGCGCCGCUUCCUGCAGUGCGCUGAACAGGUGCAGCCACCACGCUCUCCCACGGCUGUGGAGGCACAGCCGCUUCCUGCCUCCUGAAGACUCCUUUGACUGCAGGAAAACUGACAAGCCAGCCCUGCAGAGUGGCCAGAUGGAGUCCUGAGGGCCCUGGCUAGGGCCUGGCUUUCCUCGAUGUCAAGACUCUCAAUAAAUAAAGACUGUGUA